CCCUAAAAUAAGAGUCGCAUCGCCGCGGAUAGCCAGUCGGACGGAGAACUGCCAUCUUUCCUCUGAUUUCUUCGCUUCGGCAAGCUGCCGGACUUCCGUGAGGAAAAAAACCCGAGAGUUUUCGAGAAAUCUAGUUGGUUUCCUUGCCGUCUGUCGAAUUGGACAUUGGGUUUUCUGGCGAUGAUUCUCGGCGAUGGCUCCGUCCAGAGGGAAAGCCAUUACGAGAUCCUCUCCGUAAAAGAAGGUGCGAGCUACGAAGAAAUCCGAAGCGGCUACCGAUCCGCAAUCCUCAACUCCCACCCGGACAAAGCGCACAAGACCUCGGAUUCUUCCGCGGCCGCCGACGACAAGUUCCUCAGAGUCCAGAAAGCGUGGGAAAUCCUGAGCGACUCCCGGUCGCGAGUGGCGUACGACAACGAGCUCCGGGCGUCGAGACGGCAGCAGAACGCCAGCGUUUCUGGGGACAUCGAUUUGACGGAUGUAGGGGUCGUGGUUGUUGAGGAAAGAGGAGGAGACGACGUGGUGGUGGAGCUUUGCUAUGAUUGCCGGUGUGGGGAUUGCUUCUCGGUGGAUUCUUCGGACUUGGAGAGGAUGGGAUACAAAUUGUCGAGGGAUCGGGACUAUGUGUGGUUUGAGGACGACGAAGGUGCAUCGAGGUCCGCGGCGUCGGUUGUUGUACCUUGCGGGUCUUGUUCUCUCCGAGUUCGGUUGUCGAUUGAAACGGGGCUCAAAGUCCCAUUUGCAGGGAUGCCAAAUGUCUAGCUUGAGGCUGCGGCUGUGACGAAGUGGAGGAAGCAGAGACAGCAAAGUGGGUUUACUUGAUGCUAUUUCUGUGAAGAAGAAAGAAUGGUGAGGCCGUUAAGGCAAUUCCUUUUCUGGAAUUGAUGGAAAGUCACCAAGUACUAGUAGUUGGUUAUCUAUGGAUUGUAACAAAAAAAUUAUCAAACAAGCUUCAGCAUUCCUUUUCUGGGCUCGGUGUUACGUGAGACUGUACACUUCACUGUAGAGAUAAGGAAGGAUAAAGGUUGUCGCUUAUC